AAAGAAUUGAAGUCCAGUUUGUGGAACUCUACCUCCAGAUCUGAGCGGAUGAAAGCUUUUUCUUCAUUCGAACUAAACCUGCGUCGACCCAGGCCAUCCAAUAACUCAACAGCAGCCUGCAACAUCGAGCUUGUUACUCCAAGGGUGAAGGAGCGCACACAAAAAGUGACAGAGAAGGUCACGCAGGUCCUGUCUCUAGGUGCAGAUGUUUUGCCCGAGUACAAGCUCCAGGCUCCAGACAUCCACAAGUGGAUCAUGCUGCACUACAGUCCUUUCAAGGCCAUGUGGGACUGGAUCAUUCUUCUGCUAGUGCUCUACACAGCAGUCUUCACUCCGUACUCUGCAGCUUUCCUCCUCAAUGAGCUGGAGCAGGAGAAGAGAAAAAUCUGUGGUUACACUUGUAACCCCUUAAAUGUAGUAGACGUGAUUGUGGACAUUCUGUUCAUCAUAGAUAUCGUUAUUACCUUCAGGACGACAUACGUGAAUCAUAACGAUGAAGUGGUGACCCAUCCCAAGCUCAUCGCCAUCCACUAUAUCAAAGGCUGGUUUCUCAUCGACAUGGUGGCCGCGAUUCCAUUUGAUCUGCUCAUCUUCAGGUCUGGAUCAGAUGAGACGACAGCCACUCUCAUUGGCCUACUGAAGACAGCUCGUCUGCUGCGCUUGGUCCGGGUAGCCAGAAAAUUAGAUAGAUACUCAGAGUAUGGAGCUGCAGUCCUCUUCUUGCUCAUGUGCACCUUUGUGCUGAUUGCUCAUUGGUUGGCGUGUAUCUGGUAUGCCAUUGGUCAUUUGGAGAGGCCUUACAUGAAGACAGGCUGGCUGGAUAACCUGGCCGACCAACUGGGGAAGCAUUACAAUGACAGUGAUGCCAGCUCGGGACCCUCCGUUCAGGAUAAAUACGUCACUGCACUAUAUUUUACCUUUAGUAGUCUGACCAGCGUGGGCUUUGGGAACAUCUCUCCAAACACCAACUCGGAGAAGAUUUUUUCGAUCUGUGUCAUGCUCAUUGGCUCUCUUAUGUAUGCCAGCAUAUUCGGGAAUGUCUCUGCAAUAAUUCAGAGGCUUUAUUCGGGAACAACGCGCUAUCACACCCAGAUGCUGCGGGUUACAGAGUUUAUCCGCUUCCAUCAGAUACCUGGAGAACUGAGGCAGAGACUGGAGGAAUAUUUUCAACACGCCUGGUCCUACACCAGUGGCAUUGAUAUGAAUGCAGUCCUGAAAGGUUUUCCUGAGUGUUUGCAAGCUGAUAUUUGCUUGCAUCUGAAUCGUAGUCUGCUGCAGAACUGUAAGGUAUUCCAGGGGGUGAGUAAAGCAUGUCUGAGAGCUCUUGCUAUGCGCUUCAAAACCACUCACUCGCCACCUGGUGACACCCUCUAUCACCACGGCGACGUGAUCAAAGCCCUCCACUUCAUCUCCCGUGGUUCCAUUCAAGUGUCUCAACAUAACAUUGUGCUGGCUAUCUUGGGGAAGAAUGAUGUCUUUGGCGAGCCUAUAAAUCUUUACACAGAUCCUGGUCACAGUAACGCUGAUGUUACUGCACUCACCUACUGUGACCUUCACCGUAUCCAAAGAGAUGACCUUCUAGAGGUGCUGGACAUGUACCCUGCGUUUGGCGAGAGCUUUCGGAGGAACCUAGAAAUCACCUUUAACCUACGAGACGCUGAACAGAUGAUGACCAGUGAAAAUCUGGACUGUGGAUACCAUAUGAAUGGCAUACGACACCACCAAAACUCACUAGACAGACGCAACAGGCCAGAUGGAAUGGACCAGAAUGACUCGUACCCAUCUCAGAUGUGUUUGGCCCUGGGUCACCAUCAUUCUCCAACCGCUCACAUGCACUGGGAGGAGCUGUGGAGCUGUGGAAGCUCUACACUGCAGUCCAGUGAAAACCUCAGCAAGUCUCCCAUCAGCCCCUGUGAGCUGUACACCUCAGAUGCAGAUCAUCUGGACUACCCCUCUUCUGUUGUGAGACUAAUACCACUGCGAGGUGCUUCUGGGGUCAGCAGAGAGCCUGGCAUGCAUAUGGGGCAUUUGGCUCCUCCUCCAUCUGGAUUGUACCAUUACUGGCCUGACCACCAGGCAGCUCAUUUCACUGAACAGACUCGGCGCCCCCUAUCUGUACGGACCUCAUUCCCAUCACCGCUAUUUGAGCAUCAACCCAGUGAACUUGAGUCCAGACUGGAGCUACUGCAGACCCAACUCAAUAGACUGGAGACCAGAAUGACAGCAGACAUCAGCGUGAUCCUUCAGCUUCUCCAGCGACAGAUUGCUCCAGUGCCCCCAGCAUAUAGCACUGUAUUACCUGGGAAGCACCCUCCUGACCCUGCUGUACUGUAUGGAAGAGGCAGCCCAGUACUUCACAGCAUGUACCCGAUCCCAAACAUUCAGCUGGACAGUAGAAAUGCCACUAUUCAGAGUUCAGCCCAGCCAGAUUCCAUAUUCAAGUCAAAUUCCCAGGGUUCUCUGUCCAGUGGUGUUCACAUGGGAGCUGCGUCAGACGAUUGUGUACCCGAUAAACUGGAAACGAAUGCUGUUUCAGCCCCAGCCCUUCAGCCCAUUUUGAUUGAUGCACCACGCCUCUGUUCGUCCCUCCACUUUCCCUCAUUGCCUGGCAACCUGGACACUUCGUCACACCUGGAAGAAAUUCCCAAACACAUGUCUGACCCUGCCUUACCAGUCAGCUAAAAUCACAACACACCAUCAAUCGGAUUAUCGUAACAUAACAAUGAGAACACAUCCAGACACAGUCACGGUCAACCCAGCUUUAUUCUGUUGUGGAUGUUAAGACCAUGCAAAUUGACCAUCUUGGUUAACCAUGUGUUGCUGCCCAUCAGUUAGGACAACCUUAAACCAGCAAAAAAACUCAAGCUUCUCAGCAAUCAAAGACAGAUAACAAACAUUUAAAUACAAACACUACAGGACAAUAUCCUACAAAAGCCACAACAUAAGCAUCUCAAACCUCAAGACGAAUGUCAGUGACCAUUGAUGGCAUGUUGACCAUGCAGUGAGACUCAGGAAACAGUCACAGUACAGUAGCUGAUAAUGUUUUGAAAUGAUACAGUAAACCUAACCAAAUAAUGCCUCUUUAUGUCUGCAGUAUUCUGUGUAUGUGCUGUAAUUAAAACUAUGUUCAAUCCCUUUUUUGUAGUCAAGAAUUUUGUCUUUACAGAAAGUGUUUUAAAAAGUCCAAAAGAGAAUAAUUAGCAGGAAUAUAAAUAUGCUUUUAGAAUAGCGGUUAAGAUAUUUGAGUAUUUUCACCAUGUUGCUUUAAUUGACUGAAAACGCUUCAAAUUAAAAGAGAAAUAAGACUAUUUAGGGUGCUGUUCUUUAAAGAUCCACCAGAUUUAUUGGUUUAUCAGAUAAUAUAUAUAUAUAUAUAUAUAUAUAAAAAAUGUAGACAAUCUUUUCUGAAAAGGUUUGAAUGUUUCGAAUUUCAAGUAGUUUUAGUUAAUCUGGGUGGUUGCUAAAAUGUUGCUAUGCAGUUGCUACUUGAUGGGGUGUUCUGGGUGGUUGCUAAGUUAUUGUUAUGCAGUUGCUACUUGUUGGAGUGUUCUGUCUGGUUGCUAGGGUGUUAUGCUGUUGCUUGGGUGUUCUGGGUGGUUGCUAAGUUAUUGUUAUGCAGUUGCUUCUUGUUAGGGUGGUCACUAAGAUGUUGCUAUGCAUUGUUACAUAGCAUUAUUACAUGGGUGUUCUGUGUGGUUGCUAAGGUGUUAGGGUGUUCCAGUUGGUUGAUAAGGAGUUGCUAUGAUGUUGCUAGGGUGUUCUGGAUUGUUGUUUGUCAGUUGGUAGACUGUUGUAUUUAGUAGUUGCUUUGAUGUUCUGGGUGAUUGCUAAGGUUUUUGUUAUGCAUUGCUACAUGUUAAGGUGUUCUGGGUGGUUGCUAGGGUGUUCUGGGUGAAUGCUAAGCGGUUGCUAGCAUGUUGUAUAUGGUUGCUAGGGUGCUGUUAUAUGGUUUCUAAGUUGUUUUGGAUAGUAGCACCUUGAUCUGAUCACACCCUUAAAAAUGGUAUUAUCAUGACAUAUUCUGAUUAUUUCACUGGCAUUAAACUAAAGCAGCAUUCAGUAAAAGUAAAUCAAUUCAUAUGCAAGAUUUAAAUCUACAUUUAUCCGCAAAACUAUUUUUAAGCUUUACAUUUUUUUUUUUAUAAAAACAUUUUUUCAGGAAUAUGAUUUGAUGAUUUCAGUAUUGAACACUGUCCUCUGUGUGGCACUGUUUGCUGAUGAUAUACAACUGAACAUUAUCUUCUCGUCUCUACUUCCUCAUUAUGUGACUCCAUGACCACGUGUUCAUGUAUUCAUCACAGGUCACAGAUUUCAGAUCGAGAUCGAGAAGUCAGAUCA